AUGAAUUUCAAAAUCUCCCGGAUCCAGCGUUUGAGCGCUGUAAUCGGGAUUUCAACGUCCUUCUUCAUAGCGGAGAUAGCUGUUGGAUUCUACACUGGCUCUCUUGCUUUGGUAGCAGAUGCUUUCCAUUAUCUGAGCGAUAUCGUCGGAUUCGUUGUUGCGCUUGUUGCCGCUAUUGUCGAGCAAAAAAGCUCUCCCCCUCAAGCCCUGACAUUCGGAUGGCAACGAUCACAACUAGUUGGUGCCUUCUUCAAUGGUGUCCUGCUCUUUGGUCUGGGCAUUAGUGUCUUCUUACAGUCUAUUGAACGCUUUAUCAAGUUGGAGAAGCAUGAUCAUGGAGAUGGCCAUGGACAUAGUCACGGACACGAUCACGCCCAUGAGCACCCAGAAUAUGAUCAAGAAAGCGGACAUGUAACGAACACCAAUUCUAGCGUUUUAUCAGAUGGAAAGCACGCCCACCAUAAACACUAUCUCAACGCUUCCGCCACCAAGCCCAAGAAAGGGAAUUUCGACCUCGCCUUGAUGGGUGUCUUCAUCCAUAUCAUGGGUGACUGUGCAAACAACCUUGGCGUCAUUAUCGCGGGUCUCGUCAUUUGGCUCGCCGAUUACGGUGGGAGGUAUUAUGCCGACCCUGCCGUGAGUAUGGCAAUUGCGAUUAUGAUUCUCUUUUCGUCUCUUCCUCUAAUCAAGAGGAGCGGUCUUAUUCUGCUCCAGAGCGCCCCAGACGGCGUCGAACACGAAGACGUGAAGCAUGAUUUGGAACAGAUACCAGGCAUUCGCGCCGUGCAUGAGCUUCAUAUAUGGCGCUUGAAUCAGAAGAAGUCACUUGCCUCGGCCCAUCUCGUUCUGGAAAAUGACGACGACCUCGAGUUCCACAAGCUCGCAAAAACGGUCAACGAGUGUUUCCAUGCCUAUGGUAUUCAUUCUGUGACGCUUCAGCCCGAAUCCAGGACGGGGGAUAAGAAAGACACCUCCGUCACACGGGUAGUGAGCCAGGGAUUGGAAGAGGGCGCAGACGGCCAGGGCACGACAGAACGCUGUCAGCUUCUCUGUGGGAACGGGUCAUUUUACCGGCCAUUCACUGCGCUUAGAUUCUAG